AUGCUCAUCACAAGAGUGACGACAUUUCUCUUUCCAGCCCCAGAUGCCAGCUCCCUGCGGCUGUGCCGGGCAGAGGCGUUUGCAGCGCUGGGACAGCACCCACAGGCUCUGGAGGACCUGGACACCGUGUGCAGGGCUGAGCCUGGAGACCAUGAGGCCUUCUUCAGGAAAGGGAAGGUGCUUCUAGAGAUGGGACAGAGAGCUGAAGCCCUGCUGGCAUGGGAGCACUGCCUCACGCUCAGUCCCCAUUUCCACCCUGCUCAGAGAGAGAUGGAGAAGGUCCUCAUGCGGGAAGAUGCUCCUCAGCCACACAUGGCUGCUGCAUGCCCAGGUGGUCCUCCCCAGGGCUUGACUAGUCCCCAGGUCCAUGGAGGGAGCUCUGUGCUCCCAUCGUCUUCCACACAAGCUGAGGAUCAGGAGGAAGAGCUGGCGGAUGGCAGUUGGGACACUGGCUCUGAGCACGGCCAGGGGACAGCCACCCUUUCCCAGCCGGGGCGACGGCAGGAACCGGAGAUGUUGGCAGAGAGACAGGGUGGGUGGUUGGUAGAUGAGUAUAAUGAAGAGAAAACAGCAGCAGCAAAAUGUACCCAGACUUGCCUCGGGGAGCUGCUGAGCAUAUCUGACUUGGAGUGCUCCCUCUGCAUACGGAUGUUCUUUGAGCCGGUGACGACGCCGUGUGGGCACACCUUCUGCAAAGAGUGCCUUGAACGCUGCCUGGACCACCGGCCCAACUGCCCCCUCUGCAAGCAGAGCCUGAGAGAGUACCUGAAGGCUGGAAGCUACAACCCCACCGUGCUGCUGCAGGACAUCAUGCUGGCCACCUUCCCCGCAGAGCUGGCCGAGCGCCGGGAGCUGCACCAGGCUGAGAUAGCAGAGCUCUCCAACUUGACCAAGAACAUCCCCAUCUUCGUAUGCACGAUGUCCUUCCCAGGCAUCGCCUGCCCUCUGCACGUCUUCGAGCCUCGCUACCGCCUCAUGAUCCGGCGGUGCCAGGAGACCGGCACGAGGAGGUUCGGCAUGUGUAUAUAUGAGAAUGGGAAAAGUUUUGCUGACUACGGCUGCAUGCUGGAGAUCCGGCAGAUUGAGCUGCUGGCGGAUGGGAGGUCCUUGGUGGACACCAUUGGCAGGCGGCGGUUCCGGGUGCUGAGCCGUGGACACAGGGAUGGCUACAACACUGCCGACAUCGAGUACCUGGAGGACAAGAAGGUGGAUGGGGAGGAGCUGCAGGAGCUGCAGUGUCUGCACGAAAGCACCUACAGCUUGGCUCAGCGGUUCUGUGAGCAUGGAGACCUUGCCUCCAGGCACAUUCUGAUGCAGCAUGGACCACUGCCCGAGAAGGAAGAGGACAUCCAGGCUUCGGCAGACGGCCCGACGUGGUGCUGGUGGCUCAUCUCCAUCCUGCCCCUUGACCCGUCCUACCAGCUGAACCUCUUCUCCACCACCUCCCUGCGCGCCCGCCUUACGCAGCUGCAGAGCAUCCUGGCCGCCCUGCUGCAGCAGCCACCCCCCAGGCACCCACUGCCCGAGCACAGCCCCUGGGGACGUGUCUGA